AAGGAACUUUGUACACAUAACUGGUCUUGAUGCUUGCACAGAAUAUCGCUUCAGAAUAAGAGUAGUUACUACCCAGCUGAGAAGGAGCGAUUGGCAUAUGGAAAUGGCAAUGACUAAUAUAUCAGCUCCUGGAAUGCCAGUUAUUACAGAGCUUACCCCGCAUCAGGAAGACAGUGGCACUACUGGUCUAACAGUAACAUGGCAACCUCCUUCCUCACCUCCAUGCCAGCCUACACAUUAUGAAAUCAAGUACUAUGUUCUUCGAGGCGAUAUGUGUGAGGAUACCUCGAGUGAUCGUAUAAUGAUUUCAGCAGGGACCGUCAAUGGUUCAACUUUCACCUUCAAUGUCCUGGAGUUGCGUCCCAACUCUGAGUACAUGGUGUUCGUGAGAGGCAGAACCAGUAGCGGUUAUGGCGAUUCAGAUUCCCAAUCAGCUACUACAGGAUAUUCAUAUCCUACUGGUCCUCCAACUAAUAUCCAGUCCACUUCCACCAAGAAACGCAGUAUUGUCUUCUCUUGGGAGAAACCAGAAUGUGGUCAUCGGAAUGGACCAAUCUCAAGCUACGAAGUUAUGCUCUCCAAUUAUACAGGAGACGUGGUUUAUCAUGGUAUUGUGUCAGGACCUGAGCGUGAGAUAUUUGACCUCAUCCCCUAUUCGAAUUACAGCAUUAGGAUCAGAGCUUGGAACUAUGAACUAGCAGGGGAAUAUGGUCCCGCGAUUUGGGCACAGACAGAUGAAGCAAAGCCGGCGCCGCCAAUCGGAGUAAAGCUUCCAUCUUCCGACCAGGAAAGCAUCACAGUAGAAUGGAUGUCACCGAACCCUCCUCUAGGCAAGAUAAUAGGUUACUACAUUCUCUACUGGGAGACGUUUAGUAAUAGUUCCACGCCCAGAAACGUCAGCAUCUCGUGUCGGGACGGGCGUUGCUCUGACAUUAACUACAGGCUUUCCGCAGUUAUUCUCGAACUCCAGGCAGACACGAAUUAUUCGGUUCAGGUCAUGGCGGAGACCAUUCGUGGUGUUGGUGACUCAAGCCCGGUCCCACCCGUUGUCAGGAUUACAUCAGAAGGAAUUCCUAGUGAGCCUCAGGCGUUGGCUGUUUCUAGCAGAUCAAAAUCUUUACUGAUUACCUGGAAGGAGUCGAGGUACCCCCGUGGAAGAAUAAUCUCCUAUACGCUGGCCUACAAAGUAAAAGGAAAGCCAUACGACAGAUCAUUCCAGCCAGAAGAUUCAUUUACAAUGAAUGAGGUAGCGGGAGCCUCUUCGAGUUUUGUACUUGAUGAUCUGGAGCCAGCUACACUCUAUGAGGUCUACGUUGUAGCGUCCACUAGCAAAGGGGAGGGAGAGUCUAGUCAGCAUGUUGAAGAAUUUACAGAACCUCCUGCAGCUGACGAGCUUCCAAAGCCCUACCCACCCGUGAUAGUGUCUUCACCCGACGGUACGCCUACCAUUCAGUUUAGCGAUGCGCUUGAAUCUCCAUAUAUAACGCACAUACUUGUUGCUGUUGAAGAAAGACUUCCGGUAACAAGGCGCCGACGUCAACAGGCAGCGUAUGGAUCCUAUGCCGAGAAUCCUUCCUCAUACAUAGCAGCUAGCAUCAGCAAAGAUGAUCUUCCGAUAGAGCUAACUAUAGGGGAUAAUGAGACUUAUGGCAUUUACCACAAUGCACCCCUCAGAGACAAGGCGAUAUAUGAUAUUCGAACAGGUGUUGAGAGCAAUGUUGGAGGAAAGAAAUCCACUCUGUUCGGAGAUCCGUCUGAAGUACAAACAGCUGGAGUUCCUUCAGGUUCCAUAGCAACUGUCGUAGGAAGCGCUGUUGGUGCUAUUCUUGUGAUUGUUAUCGUUAUAAUUCUCAUCAUCAUCUUUUACAAGCGAAGAAGCAAUGAAUCAGCCCCUACUAAAGUCUAAAGGGAAGGAGUCCGAUUCGUCUCCGGAGUAUGAGAACCCUGUAUUUGAUCCGUCAAAGACAGACGUCCACACCUAUCAAGACCUGCACACUGACAGCCACACCUACCAAGGUGUUAAUACCGAUGCGCAGAGCUACCAGAAUCUUGCUGACCCUCAUACCUACCAAGAUCUUAAGAAACCUGAUCAAGAAGCUAUAUACGAAGAUGUAACUGACGCCAUGAACAGAGACUAUGUCAACGUGCUUAAGAAGAAUUGAAUACAAGAGAUGAAGAAAGUCCAUUAAGAUGAUUUUGAGUUAUCAAAAAAAAAAGUUUUAUAAUUUUAAGGGGAAAUAUAUUACAAAUAUAUGUCUAUGUCUGUUUAAUUUCGUGAAGAUGAAACCAUGCUUUAUCACUUAUCGUGAAAUAUCAAAUUGAAUCUUAAUAACUGAAAUAAAAACUGUGCUGAUGGACUGUGGCGUCUCCUCCUAAGUAUCCAAAUGGAAUACCAUGACGAAAAGCUGUCAAAAAGUAUCAUGGCUUCGUUUUCAUUCACCAUCUCUACUCGCCGUUCUCCCAAAUCUGUUAAUAUUGGGGAUCAUUUGUAAUAUAACCUUUCUAAAUAAUCAUGAUUCGCACAGGUCUGACAAAUUUGGGUAAAAAUAGUUGCACACCUUGGGUACCACACUACAUGAAAGUAAAGGUAUGCGAUUAGUUUCUUUAAAGCCUAUCUGUACUAGUUUGGCCAGGAGGGAUGAGACCUCCCUGUAUGGUCAUUGACAGGUUAUCUAAUAAAAUUAGCUCUCAAUUAAAAUAUGAUAAAAGGGGACCAUGGGGGACCAACUGUCACCACUUAGGCAUUGUAUUGAUUACUUGUGUUAAUGCCUCUCGUUGCUAGUAGAAAGAAUUAUUACAACUGUGAUGGGUGUAUCUACCGAAUCUAGAUACAUUGUAUGGACCGUCCUCAGGACGAGUUAGUCUAGUUUUUGGAGUUGAAGAACGAAGCUCAAUAAUGAAGAUCAGCCCUUGAAAUCUAACCACUUUGUGUUGUGUAUUCUGUUGUUGUGGAACAAAGGACCCAGGGACAACGGGUAGAGGAAACCUCACGUAACAAAUGGGGGCUCGGCCAGGUAUAUAAAGUGAAAAGUAUGAUUUUCAGGUGAUUUUUGUGAUCAUAUUAGCGCUGGCAUGUUGCAUUACAUUGCGUGCGACGAGUUUCAUACACGUUACUUAUGAGCGGACUGUUCGGUGUGUACUGUGUGUGUGUUGUCGAUGUCGGUUCGUUAAGAUGAUAUCGUCGGGCACCGCUGGGGUAGCCGUUUCAGGUU